AUGACAACAAGCUUAGAUAAACAGCUUUGGGAACUGAUAGAUAACUUCUUUUUAAAGGCAGCGCUCCUUAUUUGCCACUCCAAGGGCUGGAAAGGGGCUCCAGCGGCUGACGAGGGGCCGCCAACCACAAACAGCUGGUUCAACAUCGAAACCUUUGGAGACACGAAACUGGAGCGUGAGCUUAAACCAUGGACCACAUUUGACGGAAGCGAGUCUUUGCCCCCACUGGUAAUAGAGACAUACCUCGAUCUGGCCCGGCUAAGCCCGUCCCAGCAAGUGACGUUGAAAGAUCAGGACGGGAAUCCUUGGAAUGUUUGCAAGGGCACUAAGAAGUCGGAAAUCAUGCUUGAACGUUGGCUCAUCCAGCUAGAUAAUGGGGAAGACAGCCCAAGCCUCCAAUCUUCUGGAUCGGAGGAUACCGAUGACAAUGUCUCAGAAUUAUAUCGGCAGCUUGUACUGCUAUUCCGCUACUUGGAGACACUUGUGGGUCUGCUACCAGCAAGUGAGCUACAAGCCCGCCUUAUCAGGCCAGGCGUUUCACCCGAGGCGCCCCCUCCGGUAAAGCUGGGAACAAGAAUCUUGGAUGGAUCAAAACCAAUCGUAUCGAAGGGCAGAAUAGGGCUUAGCAAGAGUCUGAUAGCCACAUAUUCGAAUGUGAUCAACGAAACAAAUUUGCCUGCGCAUUUGGAACAACGAAAAAUAACACCUAUCCGCACCAAAUUUGGCUCAUUAAGGAUUUCGGUGUCUUAUAGGAAGGACUGCGACUUUCAUGUAAACGGCAGCGAGGAAUACAACACUCAGUUUAACCAGGAAACACGCUCACGCAGUGCAGCACCUGUUGCUACGCCGUCUCUUAGGAGAGUAUCAAUGAACAGCAACAGAUCAAUGUCAAUUUCACCCAACACCACAAUCAGCCCCAGCCCCUUGGCCGAGCCCUCACCACAAAAGAGGGGCACAGUUCUUGCGAGACAACUCCAGCCGUUUAAAGCGGGCUCCGUUGGUAGUGGAUCCCUGCCACAAGUGCAGCAGGGGUCGCUCAGUCGAAACCCUUCCGCAACAUCUGUAGCUGCUGCAUUACGAGCUCAAAGGCCUAGUAAUGGGUCGAUCACUGCCCCAACCUCCCAACUACAUGAAUCGCACUUGGAGCCCUCUAGCAUAGGCAGUGGAAGUUUGUCCAAAUAUUCGUCUUCUUUUGGGCGUCUUCGGCGUCAGUCAAGCGUUAGGCGGUCCGAUAGCGUUGAAAGAUCACAGAAACCAAGCAAGCUUAACGAGUCUCCUUCAGGGGACUUACUGGAUUUCAUGAAGCUUCUGGAUGAUCGGAAGGAAUUGAAGCUGAAGAACAAAGGAACGAAGGUUGAUAUUUCAAACUCUCUGUUGAAGUUCCAAGGCAUGCGUACCACAAACAAUAAUCUAAGCACUGACCUUUCUAUGAGCAUGUCACUAGAACGCCCUAGCGUAAGUCAACCACGAAACAGAUCGAAUUCUCACUCUCCAAACUCCUCUUUCUCCCCUUCCAUCCAGUACUCCUCCAUUCCCAUGCGGCUUUCCCAGAGUCGAUCAGAUUCUUAUCGCCCCGAAAUUUUAGGUGAGCUUUCAAGUGCAAGAGGCUCUACAGAAAGACCUAAGUCAAUCAUCUCAAACUUAAAUGAAAGCUUUUAUGACGGAAGAAGGCUAGGAGGCCGCACAUCGAGCAACGAAGGAUACGCAGAAGACGAAGAAGACGAAGAAGACGAAGAAGACUUACUGGUAGGCCGAUCCGCUAUGAAUCCAGCAUCAACAAAUUUUCGAAACCGCUCAACGUCCCCUGGAUCAGUGAGGAGUGUGUCCAGCUCGUUCAGUAAAAGCCAAUUACCCUUCAAGUCUUUGAGCAACUUUUCUGGUCCCACCACAAUGGCCACGCCUGCGCAUGCAAAAUUGCACAAGGCUAUUGUCGGGAAUUCGCCUGAGACUAACGUGUCUGAUGCUCUCCCCAAAAAGGAUGAUUCUUUGAAUCAAGAAGAAGACGACGACUUACUCUUUUUCAUGAGUGACAUGAAUUUGUCCAAGUAA